AUGUCCAGACCAACUACAGUCUUACCUGGUGUUGGCCCCAUCAUAAUUGACCCAUCGCGCUCGGCUAUCAUGGUUGGCGGUGCUACGAGCAUGGUCACUGCUGGACAACAAACCACCAUCAACGACGUUGCAAUCUCAUUCGAUACUUCCGCUUCGUUCGUUGUUAUAGGCGGCACUACGACUUUUGCGCUCCCUCCACCGAGUUUGGCAACUCGAUCAGAUCCUGCGGUAGUCGGUGGAACGACAGUUGACAUUGAUCAAGUCGCCACACAACUUGACCCAGGAGAAGUGACUACCAUCAACGACGUUGCGAUUUCCCGAGACGCUUCAGCUUCUUUUCUUGUCAUCGGCGGUACCCAAACCAUUCCGCUACUGGAAGCUACUCAGACACCAGGUCCAUCUACAGUAAUCAUAGAUGGAACGACCGUCAAUGUCAGCGAGCUUGCGUCGGAACUGGAUCCAGGCGAGGUGACCAUUAUCGGCACCAUGACCAUCUCACGCGACUCUUCCGCUUUGGUUGCUGGUACAACAACGAUAGCGAUAGGUGCAGCAGCAAGCAGCGUGGUCCUUGGGGGCACAACGAUCUUUCCGGGUGCUCUUCCUUCUGGGUUCUCCUUCAUUCCGGCGACUGAUGGCGGAGGCUUGCUACUGCCGAAUGGUCAAACCUUGAUGCCUGGUGCCAUGACAACGGUUAAUGGUAUCGAGGUUUCACUUACUCCGGGAGAAACACCUGUCGUUGUGGUUGAGGGAUCAAUGUCCAUCACCGCAUCUGUUACCGCGGAUGGCAACGAUGGCAACUCUAUCAACAGCGGUAGCGGAGGGCUCGGACAGCCGACGAGCACCACCACAGGUGUACUAGCGGAUUUCACUGGUGGUGCGGUUGCGAGCGUACAUGGUGUUUGGGACGCGCUGUGCACGUUGGCUAUGACAAGCUUGUUUUUCGGCAUCGUGCAAGAACUGUGCACACUGCUUUCUCAGCUUGAUACCAUGGCCACAAAUUCUCCUUUAGAAGAUGAACAUCUUGUUCCGCCGACCGAUGCGCAGCAUGCAAUGCUUCAACAAGCACAAGCAGCUGCUUCUGCCGUCCAGACUGAAACCGCAGGAUCAACGGGACAUGACGCUCCCUUGCAAACGACCGACCUCGUCACUCCAGAUGCGACCGACGAAGAAGUUCCGCCUCCCCCAUAUGGCGACAUCUAUGGCGAGAUCCGCAACGAAAAAGAUGGCCUAGGUACCAGCGCAAGCGUCACCGAAGACGGCCGUGUCAACAUCCGCAUCAACCAGCUCAACCGACGUUUAUCCCAAGUCUUUACACCAGCUUUACGUGAGCACGUUCAAAGCGUUCAAGACAGCAGCCCGCCUCCUCCUGCAUACAUCCCACCUUCAUUAGGAGGUAAAGAAGGAGUUACACCUCCAGCCCUAAAUGUGGUUAUCCAGGUGGUCGGCUCGCGCGGAGACGUGCAACCUUUUGUUGCUCUCGGAAAAGUCUUGAAAGAAACCUAUGGCCAUCGUGUACGUCUGGCAACUCAUCCUACUUUCAAGAAGUUUGUAGAAGAGAACGGCUUGGAGUUUUUCAGCAUCGGUGGCGACCCUUCUCAGCUGAUGGCUUUCAUGGUCAAGAAUCCUGGGUUGAUGCCAGGUUUCCGCAGUCUGGCCAGCGGGGAUGUCGGUCGCCGAAGAAGAGAUGUCGCGGAAUACAUUCAAGGCUGCUGGCGAUCGUGCUACGAAACAGGUGACGGCAUUACCGACAAUAACAGUUCAGAUCGCUCCGCAAACGACGCCGAUUCUUUCCCUUUCGUCGCGGAUUGUAUCAUUGCCAACCCACCAAGCUUUGCGCAUAUUCAUUGCGCAGAGAAGCUGGGAAUACCCCUUCAUAUUAUGUUCACCAUGCCAUAUUCUCCUACCCAGGCCUUUCCCCACCCUCUGGCGAACAUUCAAUCUUCUAAUGCUGAUACUCAACUCACCAACUACAUCAGUUACGCUAUGAUCGAAGCCCUCUCAUGGCAAGGUUUGGGCGACAUCAUAAACCGCUUUCGAGCGAAAUGUCUCGGUUUAGAGCCACGCCUCAAAGUUCCUCACACAUACUGCUGGUCUCCAGCUCUUAUUCCGAAACCGAAGGACUGGGGCUCCCACAUAUCCAUCUCUGGCUUCUACUUCUUGAAUCUGGCCUCUAAUUACACUCCUACGCCUGAGCUACAGAAAUUCCUUGAUGAUGGACCACCGCCGGUGUACAUUGGAUUCGGAAGUAUCGUUUUGGACGAUCCGAACGCCAUGACGGAACUCAUCUUCGAGGCCACGAAAAGGAUUGCAGGCGGAAGACGUGUGCUGCUUUCCAAAGGCUGGGGUGGCAUGGGUGCGGACGAACUUCGCGUUCCUGAGAACGUCUUCAUGUUAGGGAAUGUGCCGCAUGACUGGCUUUUCAAGCACGUCGAAUGUGUCAUUCAUCAUGGUGGCGCUGGGACUACAGCGACAGGCAUCGCGGCAGGCCGACCUACGUUGGUGAUACCCUUCUUCGGCGACCAACCUUUCUGGGGCGCAAUGAUCGCACGAGCUGGUGCUGGCCCCGAUCCAAUUCCCUACCGGCAACUCACAUCGGACAAAUUAGCGGAUGCUAUCAAUUUCUGCUUAAAGCCCGAAAGUCUUGAACGUGCCAAAGACCUUGCAAGUAAGAUCGCCACGGAGCGCGGCAGCGAUAUGGGCGCUCAGUCAUUCCACCAGUAUCUCGAUCCCGACCGACUUCGUUGCACCCUUGCACCAUCUCGAGUAGCCGUGUGGCGCAUUAAACGCACUCAAAUCAGACUUAGCGCUUUUGCCGCCUGCACAUUGGCCAAUGCCGGUCUUUUGGAUUUCCAUGACCUCAAGCUCUUUAGGGCACAGGAGUAUGAGACCGAUGAAGGCCCUCUGGAGCCUAUAUCUGGAUUCGGUAUGGGGAUACUUAGGACGUUGGGCAGCAUGAGUAUGGGCAUAGCUGAAAUGCCUUCAGAGACGGCGAAGGCAGUUCAAGCUCCUUUUGGACCUAGCAGACAGCAGUCUGACAUAUCAGUACGGAACGCCGCAAAGAGGAGCGAGCCGUCGCUAUUAGGAGAGAGCUCCACUUCAUCAAGCUCACAACAACACCCCCAUUCCAGUGCAAUGGAGCGGAAACCGCUCGCCCGCUCUCAGACCACCCCCAACCUCCCCACUCCGACAUCUCGGACUCCCAGCGUAGCAUCCAGCUCUAGCAAAGACAAUGACAUGCUACGCCCCACUGGCCUACGCACAAGCAAAGGCUUCGGACGCAUCGUAAAAGCCGGCGUCCAAUCCCCCAUGGAACUCUCCGUCGGCAUAACAAAAGGCUUCCACAACGCGCCCAAGCUCUGGAACGACACCACCGUGCGCCCCCAAGAAAAAGUCUCCGACCUAAAAUCCGGCAUGGUAGCUAUAGGCCGCGAAUUCGGUUUCGGCUGGUACGACGGCGUCACCGGUCUCUUCACGCAGCCCUGGAAGGGUGCUCAGAAAGAAGGUGCUAGUGGUUUCUUCAAGGGCGUAGGAAAGGGGAUUGGGGGGUUUAUAGCUAAGCCGGGGGCGGCGCUGUUUGGGAUACCGAGUCAUAUGAUGAAAGGAGUGCAUAAGGAGGUGCAGAAGAGGUUUGGGAGUAGUGUGCAGACGUAUAUUGUUACGAGUAGGACGGCGCAGGGGUAUCAGGAGUGGGUGCAGAGUGGGGAGGAGGAGAAGGAGGAUGUUGUUGAGAGGUGGGGGUUGAUUCAGAAGUAUCUAAAGAGGAAGGAUGGGCUUGAUGAGAUGAUGAAGGAUGUUUUGGAUGCACAGCGGAAGGGCAAGGCGGUUGAUGAGUCUACCGCGGAUUCAGUCCGGUCUGCGGAUGCUUCGAUCCAAGAUCUUGAAAGUGGGACACUCACCUCGGAGUACAAUUCGUGUACUACGGGUACCGAACCUGAAGUACCGCUCGGAGCGGCGGAGACCAGCGGGUCUAUCCAUCAGCCAGUACAAGAUACGCCGCGCGCAGGCGCUGAAGCAGAAUCCAGUGAGGAACUACUCCAGGCGAUGGCGUCCAGCGAAGUCGAAGCGCAGCAACACUCAACAGAAGCCCUGGAAUACGAAGAACAGCUGAAACAAGCCAUGGCGCAAAGUCUCCAGGAACAGCGUCAGAUGAACGAAGACAAUGGACGGGAAGAUCUCGAUAGGGAGCGAGCAGGAACAUCAGAGCAAAUGGAAGCUACAACGAGUGAUGGAUCACCAGGCGCCCAUCGACCCCCUUCAUAUGAUCCUGGUCAUGUCGCAGGCACAACGCAAGGUGAGUUCCAGGCGCAGCACCGAGGGGAGAAGACGAUGGAAGAAAAGACGGAAGAAGAGAUUGUGAUGGAGUAUGUCAAGAAGCAAAGUCUUUUGGAGGCGCAUCAUCAGAGUAAGAGCAAAGGGCGGGCUUCGACUGCGGAGAGUAGGGAUAAGGAAUAUUAA